UUUAUGGUUCCUGAGAGACACCACUGCUCUCGCACUGCUGCUCCAUACAGGGAAUGGGUGCAGAGAAAUAAAGUCUGGGCCUGUAGGACGACUCCACUUCAGAGCUUCACCUGCCGUAUAUGAGUCGUGUGGAUAUGAACAAAUUGAUCUGAGAAGAACUUCGGAGUAGCAGACUGGCCAGAGACAUGAACAAAUGUUAUUCAAUGCAAGCGGAGGAGCCAGAGAACGGGACCAAAGUUAAAGAGUCCUUCAAUUUUUUGUCAGAGCUGAACAGGGAAAACAAGAGGGAUGUGUGGAGGGACGGUGGAGAGGAGCGAUCAGAGCCCUACUGCUGUCUCAGUGUCAGCAAGAUCUCCUACACAGUCAGUGAGCGUGUGGGUCCGUGGUGGGACGUACCAUCCUACAGGAAGCGAUGGACACGUCAAAUCCUCAAUGAUGUCUCUUUCCACGUAGACAGUGGGCAGAUCAUGGGCAUACUGGGAAAUUCAGGCUCGGGGAAGACCACAUUAUUGGACGCCAUCUCAGGGAGGAUUGGAAACUGUGGUACGCUGUUGGGUGAGAUCUUCAUUAACGGCAGGAAAAUGAAGAGAGAAGAGUAUCAGGACUGCUUCUCUUAUGUGCUGCAGAGUGAUAACUUGUUGAGCUAUUUGACAGUGGAGGAAACUCUGACCUACACAGCACAGCUGGCCCUGCGGAAACACUCGGCUGAAGCUAUCAAGAAGAAGGUGUCGGCGGUGAUGGCUGAGUUGAGUUUGACUCAUGUGGCCCACAGUGUUAUUGGAGGUCGUGUUUUCCCAGGGAUCUCUGGGGGAGAGAGGAGGAGGGUUUCCAUCGCCAGCCAGCUACUUCAGGACCCACGAGUAAUCCUAUUGGACGAGCCAACCACUGGCCUGGACAGCAUGACCGCCAAUCAGAUAGUGGUGCUGCUGGCAGAGCUGGCCAGGAGGAACCGUAUCGUCAUAGUAACCAUCCACCAACCGCGCUCCGAGCUCUUCAGGGUGUUCAGCAGAAUAGCUAUAAUGAGUCGUGGAGAGCUGGUGUUCUGUGGGCAGCCAGAAGAGAUGGUGGACUUCUUCAGCCAAUGUGGCUACGAGUGUCCAGAGUACUGCAACCCCUUUGACAUAUAUGUUGACUUCACCUCAGUGGACACACGCAGCAGUGAGAGGGAGGCAGCCACCUUCAAUCGCAUGCAUGAGAUCACUUCAUCCUAUCAGAGGUCUGCCAUCUACCAGAACAUGCUGGGAAAAAUGGAGCAGAGCCUUCAGUGGGCAGACAAGCCAGCCAUCCCCUUUAAGAGCAAAGAGUCACCCAACGGCGCAGCCAAACUUGAGGUUCUCCUCAGGCGGACGGCAAGAAACUUGUCCAGAGACAGGAUGGGUGUCCUGAUGCGUCUGUCCCAGAACCUGAUCUACGGUCUCUUUGUGGCUUUCUUUGUGAUGCGUUUAGACAACGACGUCAGCAAGGGUGCCGUGCAGGACCGCAUUGGCAUCAUCUAUCAGAGCAUUGGUGCUUCACCCUACACUGGCAUGCUGAAUGCUGUAGCUCUCUUCCCAGCGUUGCGAGCCAUAGGAGAUCAGGAGAGUCAGGAUGGUCUGUACAGUAAAUGGCAAAUGUUCUUGGCCUACAUAUUCCACACCCUGCCCUUCAGCAUCCUCAGUGUUUUCAUCUUCACCUCGUUCCUUUACUGGACAGUGGGGAUGAACCCUGACAGUUUGCGCUUCCUGUGUUUCACUGCAGUAGUGCUGGUGCCACAUAUUAUAGGUGAGUUGCUGACUGUGGUGCUAUUAGGAGUAGUCCAAGACCCUAAUAUGGUCAACACUGGAGUGGCUUUGCUCAAUAUUGCAGGGAUCCUUGUGGGAUCCGGUUUCCUAAGAAGCACCCAGCAGAUGCCAGAGGUCUUCAAGUGGCUCAGCUACCUAACCUUCCAGAAGUACAGCUGUGAGCUGCUCAUAGUCACAGAGUUCCAAGGACUCAACUUCACAUGCAAUGUUUCUAAACCUUUGCCGGGAGCCUGUCUAGUCACUCAAGGCAACCAGAUCAUUGAUGAGGGCUAUCCUGGCGCUCUGUCCCGAUACACACUAGACUUUGUUCUCCUCUACUCCUUCCUCCCUGCCCUCCUGCUGUUGGGCAUGAUCAGCUUCAAGAUCAGAGAUAAGCUUGUACGUCACUAAAACCAGAGACAUACAUUAGUGGGCGAAUCUUCUGUUUAAACAGUGAGCUAUACUGAGUUUGGUUCUGAAAUCUAAAACACAGAGGGUGAUUUUAUUCAGAAAGGAUGAGUUAUAUUAAAGUACUGUGGAGAGCUCAAGGGAUAGUACUUACCUUAAAGUAUUAUAUAGUUCAGAGCAAUGAUGCAAGUACAAACAGCUUCUGUUAGACAUUUUCCCAAUGCAGGGUGCAAGGUGUACAGCACAGCAGGUUUAAUCUGUGUUGACUGGGAUUGGACAUUAAACCAGUAAAAAUAAUAAAAGGCAUCAAAAAAACCAACCUGCUACUUUAACACUGAUUAGGCUCAAACAUCGACUGAGACAAAUCGUGCAGAUUCAACUAAAAACGUCCUGUAUAGUUUAAAUAGCUUUCUGACUGUGGAAGAUAUUUGCACUGAUGCCAAUUUUUUUUUUUUAUAAAAGUAAAAACAAAGUGGUGACAUGGAAUUAAACCUAUGAAUCUUGUUUGCGAUCAUAUUGUGAAGUUUGAUUGAAAACUGAAUAAUGGACUGCCAUAUAUCAUCGGGUACGAGAAGCAAAAACACGUCCUCAGUGCUAAUAUGCCAUCUAUGUAUUGCAUGUAUUACUUUUUUGUUUAAGUAUUGUGAUUGUAAUGUGUUGACGCCUAGAGUGAUAAAAUAAUUUGUUUAUUUUUGUUAGAACAAACUUUAUUACAUACAAAUAGAUAGAGAAGAAUAUCUAAUUAUACAAAUUGUAUGAAUUACCAAGUAGUAAAAAAAAUGACAUAAAAGGAAAUAAAUAAAGCAAAAUGUUUGUCUGUAUUUACAUAACUAUGUGCUGUAUGUGUGUGUGAAUCAGAACUUUAAACAUAAGAAGGCCAGAAGACUGAAACAUCAACAUCUGAAUAAAAGAGAAAUGCAUAUAGA